AUGGUAAUUUUGAAGAUAGUUUUUUAGUUGGUUUUAGAAAUUGAAAAAAAGCAAGUGCUUUGUAUUUAUGCUUUAUUUAUAAUUGUUUAAUUAUAAUUAUUAAUAUAAGUAUAUUAUAAUUUAUAGUUGAGUGUUUAUAAUGGAUCUAAAGGUGGGAAUAAAAGUAAACUCAAUAAAUUGGAUGCACAUGCUAAAAGUAAUUUACAUCUUGCAUGUAUGGUUAAAUGGUCAGCAUAUCAGAAAACAAAAGAAACUGGUAGUGUUUAUUCUCAAAUAUCUUCUCAGCAUUCAUUGAUGGUUGAAAGUAAAAAAAGUAAAAAAAUAUAUGAAAAUAUUAGUUGA